CAGGCCAGUGGUGUGAGCUUCAACAAGGCCAGGUGUUGGGUCUUGCACUUAGGUCACAACAACCCCAGGCAUUGCCACGGGUGGGGGAAGAAUGACUGGAAAGCAACCCCAUGGAAAAGGAGGGGUGCUGGUUGACAGAGGCUGAGCCACGAUCCAGCAGUGUGCCCAGGUGGCCAAGAAGACCAGUGGCAUCCUGGCCUCCAUCAGAAAUCGUGUGGCCAGCAGGAUCAGGGCAGUGAUUGUCCCCCCAUACUCAGCACCAGUCAGGCUGCACCUCAAAUCAUGUGUUUGGUUUUGGGCCCCUGAAUCCAGGAAAGACAUUGAGAUGCUGGAGUGAGUUCAGAGAAGGGCAGUGGAGCUGGUGGAAGGUCUGGAGCACAAGUCCUGUGGUGAGUGGCUGAGGCAGCUGAGGUUGUUUAUCUUGGCGAAGAGGAGCCUCAGCAAAGACCUCAUUGCUGCAGUUACCUGAGAUGGGGUUGUAGUGAGGUGAGGGUCAGUUUCUUCUGCCAUGUCUUGAAGUGAAAGAACAAGGUGAAAUGGCUUCACCAUUUAAGUUACAUGCGGAGGUUCAGAUUACAUAGUAGAAACUUUUUUUUUACUGAGGCCAUGGUCAGGCAUUGGAAUACAUUGCCCAGGGUGGUGGUGGAGUCGUCACUGCCUGUGGAAGUGUUCAAGAGGUGCCUGGAUGUGGCACUUGGGGAAUGAUUUAGUGGUGAUUAUGAUGGUGCUAGGUUGACAUUUGGACAAAAGGUUUCUUUCCGCCUUGGUGAUUCUGUAAAUACUGAGACAUACCUUGAUCCAAAGGAAAAGUUUUGAGGGUUAGGAUAUGUGCCAUUGUACAUUGCCUUGGAAUUCAUGGGACUUAAUGCAUAAUCCACCCCACCUCUGUUACUGUUAAACUUUUAAAAUGUUGAUAGUUGAGUAAAAUAACCUGAAGUUUCAUUGUUUUUUUUUUCCCAUUCAUUUAAAGUAGCAGGAGUGAUGCAAUAUCUGAUACUAGUGAGAUGGCUAAUAAUCAAAUACUUCAAGGAGAAACAAGUGGACACCCAACCUUCAAAUGCCCCCUGUGUCAGGAAGCCAAUUUUACCAGACAGCGCUUGCUGGAUCACUGUAAUAAUAGACAUCUUUAUCAGAUCGUUCCUGUGAUCUGCCCUAUUUGUGUAUCUCUUCCAUGGGCAGAUACUAACCAGGUUACUAGAAAUCUUGUUAGCCAUCUGAAUCUAAGACACCGGUUUGACUACGGAGAAUUUGUGAAUCUUCAGCUUGAUGAAGAAGCCCAAUACCAAAAUGCAGUUCAAGAGUCCUGUCAUGUGAACUUUUAGAGCCCCCUUCAUCUUCAUACUGAUUAUCUGAGAGAAAAAUUAAUUUGUUCUGUUGGCAAUCCGAAGGGUAUAUUAAUAAAAAUGUUUUUCAGUACCCACUUUUUGGGCUGAGCUUCUUUUCACACUCAUAAAUGAUCUUGACUGAGUUCUGCCCCUGUGGAAUUAGGGACAUUUCUGGAACUUCUCAUUCUUGUCUUGAUUUUCUCUUAACUUUUACUACUGUGUUAAUUACAUGUUCAUAUGAUUAAUGUAGGAUGUUUUAAUUCACCAAAGCCAACUUUGAAAGUAUCUUUAGAAAGACAUGCAGUGAUGCUCUGUUGCACUGUUGGGUUUCUUCAAGUUCAGCUGUCUUCUAAGGUAUCUUAUGAGAUGAUAAUUUAUUUUUUUUCUCUUCCUGCCGAGGACAGGCAUUUGUCCUACCAAGGACUAAUUUUAUUUGAUGUUGUGAUUUGUUUUUUACUAUUGCUAUGUGACUGAAAAUAACAACAGCUUAAAAUAUUUAAAAAAUUCUUUUCUACUGAUCAACAAUGCAGAACAAAGCUGUUUUUCACCUUUCAUUGAGAAAGAAUGAUGCCAUUGCCUAGGAAUAACUACAUCUAUUUUUCCUCUUUAGGAAUAACUAAAAUAGGAUGCUUGCUUACUAAUGUGAUGAAGUGUAUUCUCUGUACUCCUAAGGAAGGUUACAUAUUUUCUGAGCAAUUUAAGAUGACAUGCAAAAGGUAUACUUUUUUGGCCUGUGACCAGGUCUUACUGGAGCUUUUUAAGAACUUCCAGUUUUGCAUUUGGAACUGAAGUUUUAGUCUGUCUUGUCUUUCAUUGAAGGCUGUGUAGCUAAAUAACUAAACUGGCUUCACACCAACAAAAACUUUAUUUUUGUAAAGCUGUUUAAAACUUGUACAUCUCCUGCAUCCAAAGGCUUCAAAAAAUUCUUGAGAAGAAAAAAACUUACUCUAAAAUAGUGACCAACAUAUUUUAAGAGUUCCUGUUCUAGAUUUCCACCUUCCCACAGGAACAUCAUUAAAAUUGGAGAAAAUAGUAAUAAUGCAAUAUUCAAUUUAAAUGGAAAAUCUAUUUGUAAAAACUUUGGGAUCUUUUAUAUAAUACUAAAAGGGAGAAGGGAAGAGAAGGCUGCACAGCAUACAUUUUGGAGUUUUAAAUCGAGAGUGUUCUGAACAUACACCUGUUUGGACUGACUGUGUUUCCAUCACCCAUUGUCAAUCUGUUGUUAUUAAUGAGCAUUGCAUAUGUGGUGGAAAACAUCCCCAGUAAUUUUUUUAGUCCAGAUGGUGAUAUAUGUGUUGUAGUAUCAGUUGUGCAGCCAAAGUACAGUCUGCUUCUUGCACCCUGCCUCCCUGUUCCUCUCCAGACAGAGGUUUUGAUUAUUCUUUAAAUGCUGAGAUAUUACAUAUUCCAAAACUGGUAAGGUCAAAAUGCCUCAUUUUACAAUGUAAUGCGUUUCAGAACUGAAAGUUCUAAUUUAUUGAGUGUUGGAACUAACCCACUAUACAUUUUAACUUGCCUUUUCUAUCUUAGAGAUUUUUUUAGUAUAAAAUGUUACUGAAGGCAUUGCUGGCUAAAAUUCAGAUAAAGUUGUCUAUUUCAGAUAUAGCUGUCUAUUUCAAAAACCUUGUCUGAAGCUGAUACACUUUUUUAUAACUACUUUUUUGCAUUUUGUUACUGUCUCAAUACAGUAUUUUGACAGCAGACCACACUUGGAACUUGUAUUCCAAUUUCCUUGUUUGCCCCCAUAUACGUCUGUGUAUUCUCACUUGUCUGUCAGCUCUAGUGCUUGUGUGACCACAUACUGAUUUGGAGUGGUUCCCUGAGCCAACAGAAGAAAAUGUAGAUUUUUACUUUUGCUCAGUAAAGCCAACUAUUAAACAGUGCCCUUAUACAGAAAAGAACAUCAAGGUACCUGAUGAUGAAGUUUUACCUUUUUAAAAUAAAACCACAUACUAUGGUGAUUUAUUACUGCAUACAUUUCCUAAGGAGUUUAACAGUUAGAUGUAAGUCUAGUUAACUUUUUUAGAUUCAACAAAAUGUUUAUAUGAUCUGGCAAUAAAUGCCUACAGCCAAUACAGAUUCUGAAUGCCUCAUGGACGCUGGAACUACUUAUUUGUAUUACUUGAAUAUAUCUUUGGAAUUACGAGUGAAAUGACAUCUGUUAUAAAACUCUGGGAAACAAAUGUUUUCUAUAGCAAUAAUUAGUUGUCACUUGAUGCAUAGUUGCUGAGCAUUUUAGUCAUGUUUAAAUGUUGAGAGACUUGAAUACACAUUUUAAAGCAACAAGUGUGUAUUAAUGCAAUAUUAAAAAAAACCUUUCAAAAUGCUUAUCCUCUUUAUUUAAAAUCUGUAUUGGCAGGUGCUGCCUUGCUUAAGAUUUUGUACUUUUAAUAUUAAGAGAUUGCAUCCAAUACAUUCACUAGGUAAACGUUUAAUGAAAAUUAAAUUAUUUGAAUAUGUUGCUGCUGGUCAUGAUCUUUCUCACUGAAACUCAGACAUGCGCAAAAAGCUGUGUAUUUGUGAUGGGUGAUGCCCAAAAUAUGACAUCUUUACUAAAAGAUUGCUUCUUAAAAAUGUUUUCAUGUUCAUGUUGCAUUAUGUAUGGUUUCAAUAUGUUAUGUUUGAAUUGUACGUUCUGGGUUUUUUCCUAUUAAAGUAUUUUAUUUUCUAUUUGUCUUUUUGUUGCAUAAUAAAGAUGAUCAGUUCCCUUGGUGCUA